AUGAAAGUGAUAAAUGAAGAUGUUAAAAUGAUAAAAAAUGCGUUACCCAAAUUAGACGAAAUUGAGAAAUCAGUGAAAACGAUACAAUUACAAAUGAGUUAUCUAGAAAUAAAAGUUAAAAAUCUGGAAACGAAAAGCACAGAGGCCGAAAACUCAUUAGCAUUCAUUAAUUCAGCUUUCGAAAAUCAAAAAAGUGAAUUACAGGAGUCAAGGGAACAAGUUAAUGCUUUACAAAACAAAUGCAUUGAUUUAGCAGAAUACGAUCACAUACUCCAGAAACAAGCUGAAAAUGUACAAGAUAAACUGCUAGAUUUAGAAGCAAGACCAAUGAGAUCAAACCUUAUAUUCUAUGGCCUGAACGAACCCGAACCCCCUAAGCCGAAUGAUACAAGAGAGCCGGAAGAUUGCGAUAAAAUUGUCAAAGACCUUAUCAGGGAAACCCUUGAUUUGGAAGUAAAUGAUAUGGUCUUUGAUAGAGCCCACAGACUAGGAGGAAUACGAUCCAAACGACCACGACCGAUCGUUGUGAAAUUCAGGGACAACGCAGAUCGUGAAAAGGUCAGGCAAAAAUCGUAUGAGCAUGAUAUUAAAAUCAACCUUAAAGCGCAGCAGCAAGGCAUCGGUAUCCAGACCCCCCAACCUUACAGGGAAGCUAGGAAAGCAUUCACAGACUUUAUUGCUAGCGAAAAUAUAGACGAAGGAACAGCAAGAAUAUCUGGAACAAAAUUGUAUAUCAACAAUAAAAUCAGUAAGAAGUAUGUCAACGGGAAAAUUGUGAAUCAUAAUACAUACUAG